ACCUCUUUCAAAAGCAACAGUGGGUUUAAAUGCAUGCAGUCUGAUCAUGUGAGUGCAUAGGCUCUAAAAGAAUGGAUAUGCAAAAGUCAUUUCUGAGUCCUGCAAUGUUUGAUUUGGUCAGUGAUGUGGACUUCAUGGAGAUGAUGCCAAACACAUCCGUUCUGGGCCCAAAGGAAACCCACAGCACCGACUGCAAUGGGCUGUACCAGGACUUGACAUCCAUCCACGCGCUCGACAUCUCCACAGCUCGACCCAAUGACUUUUACGCGCUGUCAUCGAGCACGGCGUCUCCGAUGAGUGCCAGUACCGGGAAACCCAAACGCAAACGCGUGAUCAGCAGCGUCCAGCGCCAGGCCGCGAACAUCCGCGAGCGCAAACGGAUGUUCAGCCUCAACGAGGCGUUCGACCGCCUGCGCAGGAAGGUUCCCACAUUCGCCUACGAGAAGAGACUGUCACGGAUAGAGACUCUGCGCCUGGCCAUAGUCUACAUCGCCUUUAUGACGGACAUACUCGAGAACAACUGA